UCUCUGUUUGUAGGAAAUGAAUGGAGUACUAAAGAACAUGUUGUCUGAAUGGUUUUCCACUGGAUUCUUAAACUUGGAACGGGUUACAUGGCAGUCUCCCUGCGAGAUUCUUCAGAAGAUUAGCGAUAGCGAAGCUGUGCACCCUGUUCGAAAUUGGAUGGAUAUGAAGCGCCGUGUUGGGUCCUACAGAAGGUGUUACUAUUUCGCCCACUGUGCAAUACCUGGAGAACCCCUGGUCAUUUUGCACGUUGCACUUACGGACGAAAUAUCCAGCACUAUCCAGGCCAUAGUAAAAGAGCCUCCCUUGCAAGAAGCAGAAGAUUUGGACAGAAUUACCACUGCAAUUUUCUACUCAAUCAGUUUGACCCAGCAGGGCCUGCAGGGCGUGGAGCUUGGGACGUACCUCAUCAAGCGGGUUGUCAAAGAACUGCAAGUUGAAUUUCCUCAGAUCCAAGUCUUCUCCACCUUGUCUCCCAUUCCGGGAUUCACCAAGUGGCUCAUUGGGCUGCUGUGCUCCCAAUCCAAUGAACUGGGCUGGGGAAAGCCUUUCACAGAUCCCGAGUUGCGAGAAAUUUCUGAGAUCACGGGAGACCCCGCUGCUGAAAAACUGAAGCGCCUUUUCGCGAACAACGGGUGGGUGAAAUCAGAAAAGCUGGUUCGGGUCUUAGAGCAGCCCCUUAUGAGGCUUUGCGCCUGGUAUCUCUACGGAGAGAAGCACCGCGGCUACGCGCUCAACCCAGUGGCGAACUUCCACCUUCAGAACGGUGCGGUGUUAUGGCGCCUGAACUGGAUGGCAGACACCAGUCCCCGUGGCAUGACGGCCUCCUGUGGCCUGAUGGUCAACUAUCGCUACUUCUUGGAGGACACGAUGGCCAACAGCGCCACCUAUCGUGGCACUAAGCAGAUCAAAGCUUCUGAGCAGGUUCUCUCCUUGGUGUCCCAGUUUCAGCAGAACAGCAAACUUUGAGCGAGCAAAUACCGGUUCUGGCUAAACGGGAAUCUUGACUUGGUCCUGCUUAGAAAGAAGUGGAUUGCUGAUGAACCAGUAUGCUCUGUUCUGGAUCUCCUCAGGAUCUGCAGUUGGUUGUCUUGAGUUCUCACUGCCUUAUGUCACCAGAGAAGAAGACCACGUGGUUUCUUGUGGUGCUUCUAGCACGCUGAAUCUCAAGCUUGUUGACCUCACCUCAGAGAAGUGGUGGCAACUUGUUGGUGGUUUCUGUGAAGAGUGUGUUAUCCCUUGUUCUCAGUAGAUCAAUAGUCUUGUUUAAUCUGCAUCUUUGACAGCACUAUUGAACCACCGAAUGCCCUUGGACCUUAGAGGGAUCAAUAUCAGAGUUACUAAAAAAGGGACACGCAAGGAAGACAUUUUCAUCCAACUGGGGAAACAAAACAGCAUGUUUUUACACUUAUUCAAAAACUGCUUUUAUCCACCCUUUCUCUGCUGUGCUAAAUUCUUGGGUAAGGUCACCUGCUUGAGCACUGCACAAAAUGACACCAUGAUUGACUGCUUUGGUUGGACAAAGCAUUGAAAUGUUGUGUUGUCUGGCUCCAACACAGAGGCAACGUCCGCAUGGAAGGAAGCAUUUGCUGCUAAAAAUGGUUUACAAAUGAAAACAAUUCAGACCUAUGUGGUUUGUUGCAGAGUUUUUGGAAACAAUAUUUAAAAAUGUAUCAAUUUAAGGAAACAAGAAACAGGCCAUUAAAACCUAAGGUUUACCAUACAAACAGAACCCUUGCCUGUGGUACAAUUAUUCAACAGUUUUGUGCCUUAACAUUUUUAGCCAAUUCUCUUGGCUCUAUCACUGCUAUGGAUUACAGAUGACCAAGCGGUUUGCUGAGAUUAGGCUUAAAAUGAGGAGAGUUUGUUAUAUCUCCCCUUAAUGUGUAUGUUUUAACUUAGGAAAUUUAGGGUGUUCCUGAGUUAUUUCCUUAAAUUCUGGUGGGGUCUCUCUAGUUCUUUUCAGGAAUAAUUGCAUAUUGGAUUUAUGAAGUUAAACUAGGAGACAUUGUAACAUUCAUCAGCAAAGAAACAUUUAAUUAAUAUCCUAAUUAAAAUUGCAUGUUCCUACCUGUUGGGAACCAAAAGCAUAACCGAGUAGAAGCAUUAAAGGGGAAUUAAUAAAUGAGUUUUGAUGCUCAACUCAGGGUGGGGUCUUGAAAAAGCUGGUAGUUUUGUCAGCGCAUGAAAAUCUUGAUAUUUGGCCACAGAAGGAAAAAUCAAAACCAGAAAAGAAAACCCAGUAUGAAGUUCCAGAACUAGAAUGGGACAAUUGGCAGCCCUAUCUUCUUGUUCAUAGAUAGAUUAUAUGAAAUUGAAUAACUGAAGGACUACAAUGUGCAAAGCUUAUAUUUAUCAGUUGGUAUUAAUGAUAAUUUAUAAUAUUUAGCUGGCUGGGCAUCUCAGCUGAUUACUAAAAUGGCAUAAUUACUUCCUAAGUGCCUUUCCCCCUCCUCUCAGAGAUUACAAGUAAUGUCUGGUUAAAAACUGAAUAAACAGUGUCAGAAUAAAA